AAAGAGAGAGAGAGAGAGAGAAAAUAGUAAAAUAUGGUUUAUAUACGAUCCGACAGUUAGAAGCACAGACCGCGUUACACACUGAGUGGCGUGGUUAAGAUUUUAAAUCAACAUGAAGUAAUUUUUCCCUUAUCGCCCUUUUUCACUGGUGUGUGAAUUGCAUUACUUGUUUUGACAUUUUAUAGUGUAACUUUUUAAUAAAUAAGCAUGUGAUGAGCUUGUUAUUAUUUAUAAUUAAAUAUUCCCGACACUUCACAUUAAGGUUUUGUUAUAUUUUGAAGUGGGGUUCAAAAUGGGGCAGUUUGAAUCUGUUCAAGAGGAAUUAGAUUAUUGGAGAAAUCAUGCUGAAAACUUAGAAAGCACCUUACAGGAAACAAGAGCUGCCCUUGACGAAUUUCAAGUGUCUUCUCGAGAAUUGGAAGAAGAGCUCGAAAAGGAACUUCAAACAACAGAAAAGGCUUAUAAUGACUUGAAAUCACGUUGCGAGCAUUAUAAAAGAGAAGCUGAAGAUUGGAAGGGCAAAUACACAGAAUCAAAGCAUGAGCAAAAUAUUACGAUGGUGCAGAUGCAGCGAGAGAUCGAUAUUCUCAGAGCAACAGAAGAGUCAUUUAGAAAGAAAAUAUUGGAAUUAGAACUGGAUAAUGAUGACUUGGAAAGGACGGAAAGGGCAGCAACAUCUUCUCUAACAGAUUUAGAGAUGAAACUUAAUAAAGCCAUUGAAAGAAAUGCUAUACUCGAAAAUGAAAUCAUUGCCAAAGAUAAUCUAACAGAACAAGCACAGCGACUCAGGGAUGAACUGAACGAGGUCAACCAGGAGCUAUCAGUCUCUCGUGCACAGGCAGCAAAGCAAAAAGAAAUGAUUACAGAGCUCGAGAAUAAAUUACAAGAGCUUGAAAAGAAGAAUAGACAACAAGAGGCAAUGAAUCAACGAUCGUCAACGCCUGACUUUGACCCUUAUAAUUUACGUCAAAGCAGGGUACCUCGAACAUCUUCUGCAUCUAAUCCUGUCAAGAUGGUUCAAGAUAUGGUUGGUCGCGUCAGGAGUUUGGAAGCGCGUCUGCAAUCAUGCCGCUCACUCGUCACACCUCUUCUCAAUCCUCCACCCUCUUACAGCUCCUCCAACUACAUCUCGCGUCCUUCUUCACCAACUCGAUCUGUCAGUUCUAUCAGUUUCGCUAAUAUCAAGGCAAGACGCCCCUCUGAAUACAUGAAUAAUCCAUGA